AUGACAGGAGAUAAAACAAUAAAGCUCAGUCACGUCAAGAAUCGGAUAGAGCAACAGUUCAUCUUAAUGAACUUGAUUGCAAAUUCUCUUGAUAACUUAACUAAGGUUGGGUUAUCAAAUAUAACAGUUCAAAGAGUACAGGCUUGCCUUACUUCUAUCAAGGAUAACUGGGAAAAGUUUUCUGUUUCUCAUGACGCAAUUGGAUUGGCAAUCUCUGAGUUAGAUUCUGUCGAUCAAUUGCAAUUAAACGAGAAUGAAUAUUUUUCAGAAAAUCUCUAUUCAAUGACUCAUGAAAGUUAUUUGGAGGCAGUUGAAAGAAUGAGCAUAAUCUUGGACUCAGUACAGAAGACACUGCCAAGAACACCUUCCUCUCAGUCUCUUUCUCAAGCAUCAAGCUUUCCAACGUUCUAUCGACAUGCUCGAUUGCCACGAAUCGACCUGCCAAAAUUCAAUGGAAUUCCAUCUGAGUGGUUGUCAUUUAAAGAUUUAUUUACAUCUCUUGUUUUGAAUAAUCCUACACUUGGUUCUGUUGAGAAACUACAAUACUUGAAGACAAGUUUGAUUGGAUCGGCUGCUCAUUUAUUGAAGAAUACAACUUUAACAGCAAACAAUUUUCAGAAGGCCUGGGAAGCAUUAAUUUCAUUUUAUGAGAAUAAACGACUGUUAGUCAAUGCUGCUCUUCAUUCUCUGCUAUCACUAAAGCGUAUGACAAAGGAAUCGAGCAGUGAAAUGGAACAGCUUUAUACCAUGCACUGUUGGGACGACUUCCUUGUCUUUGUUGCCGUUCAAAGACUUGAUUCGGAAUCUGUGAGAGCAUGGGAGCAGCAUCUCGGUUCAUCAAAAGAACCUCCAACAUGGACUCAAUUCACCGAGUUUUUAUUCACCAGAUUACACUCUCUUCAGGCUUUCGAAAAAUCUCGUGGAGGAAAGAAUCCCUUGCAGUCACAGCAACAAACUAUAAAAACGCACUAUCAAGGAAGGACAAAGGAUAGUAACGCCAACAAUAUUAACUCAUGCUCGAUAUGUUCGGCCAAGCAUUAUACUACCAGUUGUCCGCAAUAUAUCAACAAAACAAUUCAACAACGAUUAGCAAUUGUUUCAAAGCAUAAACUUUGCUAUAAUUGUCUGGGACAUCAUCGUGUUUCUGCUUGCCGCAUAACAAAACGAUGCCAUAAAUGCGGACGAAAACAUCACACUACCAUUCAUCAGAAUAAUCCUCAGUCAUCGAACUCAGAAUCUAACAAGUCAACGACAAAGGAAUCUACUGUGACUUCCUCAAAAUCAACUGACGCUCAAGUAUUACAUUCCACAUCGGCUCAAACAACGUCAUCACUGGUUUUAUUAGCAACGGCUCAAGUCAUCAUCAUAUCAGAAACUGGAGAACAAUCUCGGGUUCGAGCCUUGAUUGAUCAAGGGUCUGAAAUUUCUUUGAUAUCGGAACGCAUUGUACAACAAUUAAGGCUACCUAGAACUAAAUCAUCCCUUUCAUUAAUCGGUAUCGGAGCUCGGAAGUCCGGCACAACUCGAGACAUGUCACUCUUCAAAUUAAAAAAUAGCGACGGAGAUUUUGAACAGAGCCUGUCAGCUCAUAUAUUACCUAAGCUUACAACGUCAAUCCCUUCGAUGAAAGUUGAAAACCCUGAUUGGCCACAUCUCAAAGGAUUAAAAUUAGCAGAUCCAAAUUUUAAGUUCCCAGGAACUAUUGACUUGAUCCUCGGAGUCGAUAUAUAUAGUCAGAUCAUUGAAAGUGGUUUAAAAAAGGGAGAGGGUUCUGAACCAAUUGCUCAACUCACUAAGUUUGGAUGGAUUAUUUCUGGCCCUUCAAGUUUUACUUCAUCCUCUUUUAGCCCUCAAAGUUAUCAUAUUUCAGUAGAUCAAGAACUUCAUGAGUUAUUACAUAAGUUUGGGAAUUAG